UUACUGCCACACAGUUCAGUAGAACUUAAUGAGGUCUAUCAUAAACUUAAAAUAUUUGUCAAUGUGUGUUAUGUGGUAGUAAAGGUGUACGAGGUCAGUAUGUGAGGGUCGGGACGAUGCCUUCCACACUAACUAUUAACUACUCGCACAAACAUUACCAUCAAACUUUUAAUUUCCUAGGAGUUAUUGUUAAAUGAAUAGCAGAUUUUAGUUUAGGGGUUAGACUUCCCUAGAUCAUACCAUAUAAUUAAGGUUAAAGAAACUAUCUUCCAACUGCAUUAGACUUAACCUCAAGCCAAGUAUUUUCAUAGUACUGUAUAUAACAUUUCAAAUUAACUAAGAGUUUCUGAAAUAAAUCAGACUGACGACCACAGUGAGUGCUUAAAGGGGAAAUACCUCUAAGCAAGCUGGACGUAUCCUGAAGAAGAAAGGAAAAAAAUUGAGUACCAAUCUUAUGGGCUUGGUGCUAUUACCUUAAUAUAACAUUCAAACACGGCACUAAACACUAUUGUAUCUUGAGCUUGUAUAAAAAAAGGACACAUUUUGUCACACUUUUUUGGGGGGGGGUCACACUUUUUUUUAGACUAACCUAAUUUAAAUUUUCAUUAUUUAUCACCAAUAGAAUGUCUAUAACUGGGAGUAUUCACAAUCACAAUUAAAGAUUUGUCAGAGGAGACAUCUUGCAGACAGUCCUAAUCAUUAGGGGUAAUAAAGUCAUCAGUUGCAAAACUUCUUCAAUAAAUGUCUUCAGUGUGCAUUGUAUUACCACAAUCUGUCAGUAUUAACAUACCUGUACAUUUCUAUAACUGCAGUAUUAUGUUCUUUCAUGAGCGGUGCUUUGGCUCUGGUGAAGGGCUCUUGUUCCAAGGAAUCAGAGCUAUUUGCUCUUUCCUUAUAUCAGAUCUGAUUAUUUCCCAUGCCUAAGUAACCUGAAUUGUGAGAGUUGAAGCAAUGACUGUGUAUCCUGAUGUUAAGGAAUAUAUUCUACUACCUCUGAAAAGGAAUGAGUUUUUAAGGAAAAAAUCUUAAAUUAAAAGUGCAUCUUUCAAAACACAGAGAGGAGGAAAGCCUUGUAUAUCAGUUCGUCUAGGGUGUGCCUCACCUUGCCAUUCCCAUUUCUCAUAAAGUAUCUUCACUGCAUUAUACAAGCACUGAAUUGCUUGUAGAGGAUGAGUUGGUUUCACUGCUGGAAACUAAGUGCCAUUUGAAGUUAGAAUUAGAUUUUUUGAGAUGGAGCUUGGAAAAGAGAAAGAUGCAGCCUCUCACAACAUGGAAGAACAAGAAAAUGAAGACACAAUUGAAGAUGGUACCAUAGUUCUAAAUUUAUCUGAUGAUUGCUCAAUUGAAGAAGAGGUGCGAUUACUGAUGCAGUCUCAGAAAAAGAUUGAACCUAAACGCAGGGCAGAAAUUACGUGGAAACGUAAAGUAGAAAUUUUGCAAGAAAUUGAGAAACUCCCUGGCAAAAUAUCUCAUAGAGAAAUGGCAAUUCAUUUUGGAAUACCUCGUAAUACUCUCUUUAAUAUUCUACGUGCAAGAGAUAGAAUUAUAGAGGCUUAUAAACGUAACCCAAAUGGACGAAGAAAAAGAUUAAGAUCUGGAAAAGCUCCUCAUGUUGAACAUGCUCUCUAUCAGUGGUAUAAAACUGCUAAAAAGCAAAAACUACCUCUUUCAAAUGUUGUUUUGUUUGAAAAAGCUAGAGACCUUGCUGUAUCUCAGGGAAGUUACAGUUUUCGACCUACAACUGGAUGGUUAGAAAGAUGGAAGAAACGGCAUAAUAUAACUUUUUCUGUUGAGGAAUACCUCCAAGGUUGUAAUGAAAAUGGGAGUGGCGAUGGAAGUGAUGAUGAAAAAACGAUUGAUACGAGUGAUAUUAAGGAUGAGGGCAAUGAGCAUGAUAUGGAAGAUGAUCAGGCCUCAGAACAAGAGGAUGAAGAUGAUAAUUCAUCUCCAACAGCCCAGGAUAUUAGUAGCCUGUUACAGAUUAGCCUUCAGGAAACGGAUGACUUUAUACGAAGAUCAGGAAAAGGAAUAAAAAGACAAACGCUAACUUUAAGGCAAAAAUUUGAAAUUGUAAAAGCAGUGGAAAGUUUACCUAUGAAAUGGAGCUUGCGUGAUAUGGCCUCAUUUUUUGAUGUACCUAAAACCACAAUGCUUCACAUGAUGAAAAAUCGAGACAUUAUUAUUAAAAAUUACAUAAAUAGCCCAGAUAAGGAGAGACGACGUAAUAAAAAGGGAAAAGCUCCUGAUAUUGAAGAUGCGUUAUAUGUAUGGUAUUUAAAAGUUAAAGAAAAAAAUUUACCCAUAACAGCAGGUAUCUUAAGAAAAAAAGCCAAGGCUAUUGCUCUGUCGCUUGGAAAACCUGACUUUGUGCCAACUGAAGGUUGGUUUGCUCGUUGGAAAAAACGUAAUAAUGUGACCUGUGGGCGUCCCAAGCAAUAUGAUGGAACAGAGACACAAAAUGUUCUUCCAUCAGAAUAUGAUGAUGGUGAUAUGCAAUUAUUCCAUACUGCAUAUGAAAAAGAAACUCGUACCUCUCUAUCAUUGAGACAAAAAGUGGAAAUAAUCCAUCAAAUGGAAGCUGAACCUAAUGUAAAGUUAAGAGAAUGGGUAGACAUGUAUAAUGUAUCUAAGUCCACUCUUAGUAUAAUUAAAAAAAAUAAAGAAACAAUCCUUAAAGCAUUCUAUGGUGAUCCAUCAGCAGAUCGGAAGCGUAUGAGGAAAGGUUCUGCCUCAGAGGUGGAAGAAGCUCUUUUUAAGUGGUACAAUGAGGUAAAAGAUCAAAAUGGUCCUCUCACUGGGCCCAUUUUACGUCAAAAAGCCAAAGAGCUUGCUGAGGUCUUGGGAAAAGUUGAUUUCAUCCCCACUUCUACUUGGCUUGACACAUGGAAAAGAAAAUAUGGGUUGAGUGAAAAUAGGGAGAUUGAGCAAGAUACACCAACAAUCCCAACUCAGAAUGGUGUUCAACCUUCCACAGAAUACAAACAGCAGAUUCGUUUUCAGUUUAAUGAAGAACACCACAAUACAGGGAAUAACAUGGGUGUUAUGCAGACUCCACCUGUUGUUCCUAACACAAUGAAACCCCUGCCAAACCCACAGUCUAUGACCAACACAUAUAGCAGAGAUAUGUUUGGUUUUCCAGUUCCAUCCACAACUCAGGAGUCCAUUGGUUAUGAUGGGUUCUCCAGAGGUCCCAUUAACCCAGCAGAAGUAACAGUGCAGGCGGGAAAUAAUAUGGGACCUCCUGUAGGAAAUGGAGGAGGGGGACAGCAGUUUUCUUCAGUUGCAGCAGCAAACAAAUUUUUAGGAUCACACAUAUAUAGCACAGAUCUCUACUGUGGCAGAGAUACGUUUUCAGGAAACACAAUAAAUCGGGGAGUGAUAACAAGCUCACGCGAUCAUACAGUGUCUGCACCAACGGCCUCACAAGGAAAUUACACAGCAGAAAGACUUUUACAGCAAUACAAAAUGGAUAAUCACCAACCCAACAAUUUUCUUCCCCCACCGGAUGGACUAACAGAAAGUUCUAUUCGACGUGCCAUGAUGGACAUUAGACGGUAUCUUGAACAAUCCCCUUACCCAUUAGACUGGUCACUUGUACAUAACUUUGAAAUGCUACUUCAUACAAACAUUGCUACCAGAAACCAUCUUCCCUUGUAAAUAAAAUUGUGUAUAAGGGAUUGUAUUUGUGUGACUGGAGUGUUGGCUGUGCUCAUAAUGUAUGCUACUGAAAAAUAUUCUUUUUAUGGUCUAGGAAUGUAACUAUAGUAUAUAUUUUCCCAUGGUUAUAAUUUAGUAAUUUUUAUUUCUUUACACUUGAACAUUUGUUUAUAAAUAUAGAGUAGACAAUUUAUUAUUUACUCCUGGAUCUGAAGAGAAUUGUUUUCAUGUAUUUUAUAAGCAGUGAUAGUAUAUGAGGCAGAAGCUUAUGGAAGCUUUUUGCUAGAAAGAAUCUUAGGUAACUUAUUUUUUUAACCACGUGCUCAUUCGUGUUUUUGUAAAUGUUAUUUCUGUACAUAGUUUUUAGUACUGUAUAUAGUAAACGAUUA